UUUUGUCCACGGCAACACAUACUCAGUGCGUCCGAUAGUUGCUAGCUAUUUACCGUCUGCUUGUGAUCUCUCGUAGACUGGCGGACUCGUGUUAUAUGGAGUGUCGUGACUUCUCUCUGCACGAAACCGUAUGAUUAUUUACACAAGAGCGUCGUGCUCUGCUGUCGAAUCGGUGUUGGGUCGUGAAGCGGACAACGUUUAUCGUAGCGCAUCUGUUAGAACACAAAGCCAAGGCGGAGAGUGUUAUUCCGAAUCUCGGAGCACAAUCUGGCAUUCAGUAUCGGAACAGCGCGCGUGUUGAAGCAUAGAAACCACGCGACCGCGUAGACGCGUCGCGUAAUCUCGCGACUACUUUUCUGCAAUUUUUCGAUUCGUACAAUCCGGAAAAAUGGCAGUGUUUUGCUACAACUUCGCCAAGUACGCCCUGGUAGCUGUGAGCCUUGUAUUUCUGAUUAACGCAAUAGCGGCGAUAGUUCUGGGUACAUGGAUGCUGGUGGACAAAACGUUCUUCGUAUCAAUCGCGCAAGAAGGUCAUCACUACGACAAUGGUCUAUAUAUCCUGCUCGCCUCCGGGAUCCUCAUGUUCAUCGUCGCCUUCCUUGGAUGCUGCGGUGCUUUGAGGCAUUCCCGAUGUAAUCUAGCCACCUUCUUCGGCUUCAUGCUCGUCAUUGUCGUUGCGCAACUCGCUUUCGCAGGCUGGCUUUGCGCUCACAAGGAUCGUCUGGACCAAUUGCUGAGAACUUCCGUCAUAAACACCGUUAAAAAUGAAUACGGUGAAAGAGAAUGCCGUACCCAAAUCAUAGACGCGAUUCAGUCCAGUCUCGAAUGCUGCGGAGCCACUGGACCUGCGGAUUGGGCAGGCAGCAAGUACGCGAACAAGGAUCCUUCCCUUCCACUCGCUUUGACCGUUUCCGGCGCUGACAGCACAUUCAAAGUACCAGAAUCAUGUUGCAAGGAUGUGGGCAGCAUUGCCUGCGAUGAAGCUCGUAAUGUAAGAGUCGCCGGAAUCCCGAGCCCAGCGAUCUACAGCGAGGGAUGCACGGAAAAGUUGAUGAUGACGUUGAAGAGCCAGACUUAUCACAUUAUGAUCAUAGCGAUAUUGGUUUUGAUCAUAGAAAUCGUCGGUAUGAUACUUGCUUUAAUUUGUUGCUGCGAAGGCGGAUCGGCAAAUAGAUACAAAGCUUAAGCUAGUUUCGUCGCGUGUAUCACGUAAGAAUACUCCCUUGUCGUAUGUCCCAUAGUAACGAAGAUAAAGAAGAUCAAAAUUUAAUUUUUUGUGCCAAUUCCAAUCAAUGCUUUGCAUACUGUGUCUUAUAUUUGAUCACAUCGAAUGGUCGACAUGUUUCUCAGAUUGUUAUAAAGCGCGUUGGAUAUUCUCUUAGACUGUCACUCUGCUAUCAUUAGAAUUGGUGUGCGUUAUUUUGGGACCAAUUCAAGAUCUGACGUAUGAUAGCGACGUUUUGUAAUUUUAUUUCUUUGUAAAUAACUUGAUACUGACAUCUUAUAAUACAUACAAAGAUUUAUACA